AUGAGGACACCAGCUGAUUGAACAGAUGAAGUCUGCAUUCACAGCAGUUUCCACGAUAUUCGCUCUUAUUUUGUUUCGCGCAUUGUGUGCCGACGUCAAAAUAGUGAUAUCAGUCGAAGAUGUUCAGUCCAUACGUGUUGAUCUGGAUCUGUCCAAUGUGGUCCGAAGGGUGGACGAAAGGUUUCUCUCUGUGGCUAUAGAUGCGAGUUUAAUAGCCGAGGAGAAGUUCAUGAACCUACUGAAUUCACCGAAGUUAAGAACCCUUGCCAAAGCCUUGAUCCCAGCGUUUCUGCGAUUUGGAGGUACCAAACAAGAUUUUAUGAAAUUCAACCCACGCGGAAGAUAUUUUCAAGCAAGAGAAAACAGCAGCAGCGCUGUUCUAGGAAAUGUAUGCAAGAUACUUGAAUUGCCUCCAUUGCUGGAAAAUAGGUUAAAGCAAGAAUGGGUCCUACAGUCAAAGACUUUACUUCAGGAGGAACUAGAGGGAAAAUACAAAAAUACGAAAUUCUCUGAAUAUGCUGUCGACCUGCUGUAUGCCUUUGCAAACUGCUCUGGUUUAGACCUCAUCUUUGGUUUGAAUGCUUUGCUUCGAACCAGUGAAAACACAUGGGACAGCGCGAAUGCAGAACUGCUGUUGAAGUACUGUGAGUCGAGAGAGUAUGUGAUGUCUUGGGAGCUGGGGAAUGAGCCCAACAGUUACGAGAAAAAAGCUGGGAUCAGAGUGGAUGGGUACCAGCUCGGUCAGGAUUUUGUCCAUUUGCAUCAAAUCCUUCAGGAAUCCGCGAUCUACAACUCAACAGGUCUAUAUGGACCAGAUAUUGGUCAGCCACGAGAUCACCGCAAAGAUUUGUUAACUGGGUUUUUGGAGUCUGGAGCAGAGGCCAUUACUGCAUGCACCUGGCACCACUAUUAUGUGAAUGGCAGAGACGCAUCUUUAGAGGAUUUCCUUGACCCUCAUGUGCUUGAUACUCUGGCAACAAAAAUUAACGAGGUCCUCGAGACCACUGAAUCUGUUUCUCCGGGGAAGAAGGUUUGGCUGGGAGAGACAAGCUCGGCAUAUGGUGGAGGUGCCUUUGGUCUAUCAGACACAUUUGUAGCUGGUUUUAUGUGGCUGGACAAACUGGGACUUGCUGCUAAGCUUGGUUUGGAUGUCGUUAUCAGACAGGUAUUAAUUGGUUCCGGCACGUACCAUUUAGUGGAUGAUAACCUAGAUCCCCUUCCAGAUUAUUGGCUAUCAUUGCUAUACAAAAGGCUUGUUGGUCCAGAAGUCUUAAAAGCAGAAGUUAAUACGAAUUCUGGACAAAAGAAACCAAUACGGGUAUACCUUCACUGCACUAACAGAAAAAGUACAUAUUACAGAGAAGGUGCUGUGACCUUAUUUGCCUUAAACCUGAACAAAAAUGAAGCCACAAUUGCUCUGCCCGCCCAUAUGGCCAACAGCACCAUUGAAGCAUUUGUGCUACAGUCAGCUGAGGCCGGUGAACAGAGCCUUUAUUCCAGGUCAGUCAAAUUGAAUGGGCAAGUGCUGAAGAUGGUGGAUGACCGAACACUUCCUCCACUGGAGGGUCGUGAGCUGCCGCCUGGAGCACACAUUAAGCUGCCUGGCUUCUCAUUUGCAUUCUAUGUUCUGACUGAAGCACGAGCUCCAGUAUGCAAAUGAGCUCCGAUAAAGACUGCUUUCACUGGAGAAUCAGGGAUGUGCGACGACAAAAUAUUUUGCUUUGAGAUUAUUUAUGUGAGGAAACUUCAAUCUUGAAUGAAAUUAAUCAGUCUCUCAAUAUGAAAUCAGCCUUUUCUAUUUAUG